CCUGAUCCAACAUGGGCCGUGUCAGGACAAAGACGGUGAAGAAGGCCGCUCGGGUCAUCAUCGAGAAGUACUACACCCGCCUGGGCAAUGACUUCCACACCAACAAGCGUGUGUGCGAGGAGAUCGCCAUCAUCCCCAGCAAGAAGCUCCGCAACAAGAUCGCCGGGUAUGUGACCCAUCUGAUGAAGCGCAUCCAGAGAGGGCCAGUCAGAGGCAUCUCCAUCAAACUGCAGGAGGAGGAGCGUGAGAGGAGGGACAACUAUGUCCCAGAGGUUUCUGCUCUGGACCAGGAGAUCAUUGAGGUGGACCCUGACACCAAGGAGAUGCUCAAGCUUCUGGACUUCGGCAGUCUGUCCAAUCUGCAGGUCACCCAGCCAACAGUCGGCAUGAACUUCAAGACUCCUCGAGGGGUCUAGGUGUUUGUAAUAUAUCUCAUAAUAAAACUUUGGAAAACAA